GGCCACAUUGAGAGAUAGUGGUUGGGAUAAUUUAUUUGUUGAUGUACAAGAAUUUUGUGUUGCUAAAGGUAUUCCGGUGCCAAAUAUGGAUGAAGAAAUACCGGUUCGGGGUCGUUCAAGACUAGAAGGGAGGACCAUCACUAAUCUUCACCAUUACCGUGCCGAGAUUUUUUAUGUUGCUAUUGACAAAAUAUGUGUGGAGAUGGAUCAUCGCUUUAGUGAAGGAAGUAACAUUGUACUUGAUUGCUUCUCAUGUCUUGAUCCCAAAAACUCUUUCUCCAAGUUUGAUGUUGAUAAGCUUGCUCGUCUUGCUGAUAUUUAUCAUGUAGACUUUUCUGAUGAUGAUCGUGGAACAAUAAGGGAGCAACUUGACACUUAUGUACUUCAAAUGAAAAGGCAUGCUUCCUUUUCUUCUUGUGAAGAUGUUCAAAGUUUGGCUAUGAAGAUGGUUCAAACUGAGAAACAUUUGGUAUUUCCAUUGGUCUACAAACUCAUUGAGUUGGCUUUGAUAUUGCCGGUGUCGACAGCUUCCGUUGAAAGAGCUUUUUCAGCAAUGAAGAUUAUUAAGACUAAAUUGCGCAACAAGAUCAACAAUGUGUGGUUGAAUGACUUGAUGAUAUGUUACACCGAGCGGGAGAUAUUCAAGUCACUUGAUGAUGUUGAUAUUAUUCGAACAUUCACUCGAAAGAGGUCGCGGAAAGGGCAUUUACCUCCUAAUUUUAUUUAG